AUGGGGAGUGCUAGAUACUGCAUUGAUUUGGUGCUAUGGGGGGCAAUAGCGUAUCUGAUGGUGUUUCCUCCCCUCACAGAGACCAGAAUGGAGGAAAGCAUGGAGCCUCAUCCCACAUCAACGGAGAAGCCGGAAACAGAAGCUCCGCGUAUUGAACUGAAGAUGGGGAAAUGCUUCCACAUGUCGAGGGAGCAUUGUCCCACGGAGCAGCGUUGCAAGAGAGUGGAUCCCGUGUCCGUCUUCUGCUGCGACGUGGACAGCUUCAGACUGAGAGAGGCACUGGCUAUCACAAUGACGCAGAAUACCACAAACUUGCACGUCCUGAAUGCAACGAUCAAGGAGCUGGACGUCUCGCAGUCGACCUUUAGAAGAUUAACCUCCAUGGCCCUCACUGACGGAAAUAUCGGGAAAAUUGUAGGCCAAUUUCCAAAGUACUCAUCUAUCGCCUGCUUGAACAUCUCCAACAACAACUUGAGCAGUAUCACACCACAGCCCCCGGGGCAAAGGCCUUUCGCGUACCUUUUCACGCUGUCGAUUUUGGACGCAUCGGCGAAUAACCUCACAGAGUUCCCACUCAGCCUGGUGCAAAGCAAUAGGAAGAUACAUGUGGAUUUGUCAGGUAAUAACUAUCUGCCGUGCAAGCACUUCCAGAAGGCCAUGGAAGCAAACAACGGCUCCCUUCUCCAAUUCUUGAACCACGAGAAUACGUACUGCGCUCUGGACCUUCGCUUCAAUUGGUUCCAGAACGUGCAAAUUGUCCAGAUAGACCAUUUACAAGUGCAGAAGGACUUGAACAAAAGCUGUCAGGACAUAAAGCCGGCGAACAUUAACUGCACAUGCACCACUCUGCUCGAGCUGGUGGUCCACCAGGAGGCGACUUACGUUGUGGCAGUGGAUUGCUCCCAACGGGGCCUGAAGGAGUUACCCACUGGUCUGCCCAAUAACACCGUCAACCUAAACGUGUCUUAUAACAACAUCACAUCACUGCAAGCGAUCUCCGAUGACGCGUCCUACGACCACCUGAGCUGGUUGAUAGCGGACCACAACGACAUCGCCAGCAUCGUGGAGCUGGAGGGCUCCAAGUUUAUCGACAACUUUCGCCUCUUCUCCAUCACUAACAACAAGUUGAGAUCGAUACACCCCUACGUGCUGUCGAAUCGAUUCGUGACAACCGGAGCGACAAUGCUGAUUGCUGAUAAUCACAUUCACUGCGACUGUAACACUGAGAAAGUUCUCAAGCCCUGGCUCCUGGAACACAACGUAGCAAUACCGGACUACAAAGACCUGUGGUGCGACAACAGCAUGGGCGCCGUGGUCGACCUCAAGGAGUUCCAAGUGUGCCACACUCCACGCGACUGGACUGACUACAUAUACUACAUCAUCGGUCUGGAGGCGCUGGUCCUCGCGCUGCUGAUUAGCAAAGUGUCGUAUGACUACUGGGUCUUCAAGACGGCGGGAUACUUGCCGUGGCCGGCGAACAAGAUGCCGAGGCUGCCCUGUGACUGGCUUUGUGAAUAG